AUGUUACGAUUUCCGAGGGAUACCAAUUUGUUGUUUUGUUUUGUUUCUCCCUUCUCUUACCCUCUCCCCUUUUCUUAUCUUUCUUGCGCUUAUGGAGGAGGAUCCGGGCCCGGGCUCCGGAAUUGGGCGGGAUGGAAAUGAGUGCCACUUGUUAAUGUGACAAGACAUGAGAUUACGAGAUACGAUAGCUUUUUCCCCUCUUCUUUCCUUUCCUCUCUUACGUAGUGAGUGCAAGCGCAAACAAUCCGUUCUAGGAUUAUUAUUAUUCUUUCA